AUGCGAAUGUUGGUUCAGAUUGAGUCAUUUAGAGCAAUAUCUCGUACUAUCGAUUAUCAAGAAGUUCCAGUGUUGGUCACUCGAGUUGAAGUGAAUGAGAUAAAACUUAAGACAAAACGGAGCUCAUGCACCGGCCGGUUUUUGACGAUGCACAAACGACGGAAAAAGAGCCUCAUCACCAGAUCGCUACGCAUUGAAGCCGCACUGCUCGACGACCUGCAAUUCGGACAAGUGCAGUGUAUCCUCAAACAAUCGGUGACGUGGAAGUUCAAUGCCUUUGUGUUAGAAAACGUCUCCGGCGGACGAUGCUUAUCAGUGCUAUGCGUGCACUUGUUCCACAUGUACGGUCUGAUCUCGCACUUCAAACUGGAUGCGGCGAAGGUUUGGAAGCUCUUCAGCUUGAUCGAAGAGGGGUACCACAGCACCAACCCCUACCAUAACUCGAUACAUGCCGCUGACGUCACGCAGGCUAUGCAUUGCUUCUUGCAGCAAAAACAGAUUCUUGAUCACUUGGAACCGAUCGAAAUCAUGGCUUCGCUGCUGGCUGCCAUCGCCCACGACAUGGACCAUCCCGGGGUGAACCAGCCCUUCUUGAUCGCGACCUCCAACCAUCUCGCGGCUCUUUACGAGAAUACAUCGGUACUGGAGAACCAUCACUGGCGUGUCGCCAUCAGCUGCAUCAUAGAGAGUGGCUUGAUCGAAGCUGACGAUAUCCGGGUUAAAGUGGAACGCCAGAUCAGCUCGCUCAUCCUGGCCACCGACAUCACUAGGCAGCAGGAGUUCCUGAAUCAGUUCAAGACAUACUUGGAUAACAACACACUCGAUAUGAGAAACAAGGAUCAUCGUCACCUAGUGCUUCAAAUUGCACUCAAAUGCGCCGACAUAUCUAACCCGUGCCGACCCUGGGAGAUCAGCCGGAAAUGGAGCUUGAAGGUUUGCGAAGAGUUCUUCCGCCAGGGUGACUAUGAACGGAAACUAAACCUACCAGUGACCUCCCUGUGCGACCGACAGUCUACAUCGAUACCAAAGAUUCAAACAGGUUUCUUCAAGUACGUGGUAACUCCUCUAAUUACCGAAUGGCAUCGCUUUCUACAAAACGACCUCUCGUCGCAAAUGCUGCAGAACCUUCUCUACAAUCAAAACAAGUGGGAAGCACUGAUGGAUCAAGAAGUAGCCGAAGAGACUAAAACUGAAAUAUCUGACGCCGAUAUAGUCGAAGACGAAAUAGAAACCAAUACUAACAUAUCAGACAGUUCAGAACUUCUGUUACCGCUACGACGGUGCUCUUUCAAUCCCGCUAAACCAACAAACCUAAAGGAACAACUGCGCCGCUUUUCGGUUCCACUCAACAUAUUCCAGGAUGCUAAAUACAAGAUAAAGGAAAAGAGCCGCGAAUCGUUGGCUGAAUUGAAACUUGUAAUGGGAAGUGGGCAAUCGAUCCACUCGCAGUUAAGUGUGGGCGCUCAAUGCGAGCGCAGUGAUGACGCAGAGAAAGUUUUGAGCACAGAGAAACUACUACCCGAUUUAUCAAUUGCGUCAAUUACAACGCCCGCGCAGGCCUCUCGACUGUGUGCCAUUAUCAAAGACGGCGGGACAUGGAAACUCAUUCGACAACAGACAUUCCCGCCGUUGGUGAACGUCGCUCGUAGUCACACACUUCUGUCCCGCCCGAUGUGCACGAGCAACGAGGAGGCUAUCUACCCAUCCCAUCGCACAACUGACUUUACACUGACUUUGGAGGACAGAUUGAACAAUCUGCUUAAGGGGAAAGAUGUCAAAAAAAUUGAUAACGAUGACGCUUCUGAAACUAGUAACGUAAGUAUAGUCGACGGUUCCGAUACCCGUCUUAGAGAUAAUGUAAAGUCAGCAUUGAAACAGUCUUCUGAAUUCUGCGGCCAGGAUACUUGGGGCAGCCAACUGCGGGACAAUUUGUCAUCGAUACAUCUCAGCUCGUCUGAACAACUGUUCCGUCGCAGAAAAUCUAUGCCGACUGAUGUUAUUGCUUUCUCACCAAAAGAGAAAAAGAUGCGCGAGAUAAUACCGCAAUUGCUUCGCCGUACGCUCUCUAGCAAAGAGGGGUGGACUCGACGGAGGGGGUCUGCCCCGGCUCCCGUGGCCCCUUCUGAACUAAGGGGACUCGCUUCUUUGGGGGUCUUGUGUCACAGUGUCAAUGGGGGCCGAAAGAAACCUAGUCCUAUCGGCACAUGCCAACAAUGGCUGGCCAAGGCCAAUUACAGCGUCCAGGAACGCGCUUUGCAGUUGCCACGCAGGGCUUCCUUGCCCGUUGAGGUAUUUAAUGAGUCUGAACCGCAAAAGAACAACAAGAAGUAA